AUGCCACGCUCUACUCGCGCCAAGCAGUCUAGGCUGGAGUUCACACCAUUGCCAUCCUCUUCUCCCGCAGCCGAAGGUUACCACAAGCAGAUACAAGACCGAGCUGCUGCCGUAGGAUACAUCGAGUCAGGUAGUAGUUCAGCGAAGAGGCGCAAGGUUCACAAUGACGAUGGUCUCAGCAAGGUGCAGCCUGGAGCAAACGGAGACAUGCCCACACCUGCUGCGACAAUGGACCUCGCGCGAGAGCGCACCAUCAGUGGAGACGGAGACGGAGAGUCGAUUGAGUCUUCUGGUAGGCAAGCAAGCAGACAAAGCGCAAGGACGCGUCGUGCUAGGCAGCAGCAACUGGAUUUUACACGCUCACGGGACGCCGACAGCUUCGACUCCUCCGUGCGGCUUCACUCGUCGCCGAGACCAUCAUCGUCGAAAGCAGGCAUGUUUGGGUCAAAGCGGAAUAAGAUCAAGAAGAAGUAUCGGCCAGUGGCGGAUAUCUUAAGCGACAAGCAAGAGGAUGGUUCAGGCGAUGAGGUACCGUCGACGAGUGAGCUGAGGAACAAGGCAGGAGCGAAGCAGCUUGAUGGAGCAGCGGAUGAGAGUGAGGAUCAGGACGAUGCACCAGUGAGGCACAUGCGGUCCUCGCAAAGGCCUGUCGUGGUUGAGUCUGACGACGAAGAAGCCAUAAUCGUGGGUGGUAAUCGGGCAGGAGCCGUAGAGCCUUCAGACCACUCCGACGACGAAGAUAUGCCAACUACACGGGGCAAGCAGUCACGGAGGAAGCGAAAUCAGAGUUACGCCAGAGACGAUUUCAUCAGCUCAUCGCCAUCUAUCGCAAUUGACAGUGAUGAUGAUCUGGAGAUUAUCGAGCAGCCAAGGAGUAACCGCAAGCGACGGCGCCAAGAGACUGACGAUGACGAAGUAGACGAGGAUGAGGGGCCGAAAACACCUGGACGGCGUAAGCUCAAACGAUCGCGAAAAAUUUCCCAGCGCGAACAAGAGGAUCUGGACGAGGAUCUGGACUUUCUUGGCCCAAGCAGCGAUGUGGAAGCGCUGGAUCGACAACCUCGGUCGACACAAGAUAAGGCGAAGGAUGCUCGGAAGGCUGCUCUGGAGAAGCUUAAGCGGCAAAGAUCUGGACCACCGGAGACAAUUGUGGAAGACGACGAGCAAGAGGGCUCGGAGGAUGCAGAAGAAGGUCGGGAUGCAAAUCCAGACGAUGUCGAGGAAACGAUCAAACCCACGAGCAGCCGUCAAAUGUUCGCAGCAGAUGAGCACGACGACGACUUCCUAGAGUCAGAUGGCGAUGAAGAUGGGGCACUCGGCGUUCCAGACGGCGUUCCGAUCGAGUUCACGAAGUACGCCAGCAUGAAGCCUAAGGAGCUUUUCGUCUAUGCCGUAGAAUGGAUGGUUCAGCGCAAGAUUAACCCAGCCUUCAACAUGAAUGACGAACUGUACAACCUGACUUUCCGUAAACUCGACGACGAGGUCCAGGGUCUAGCUGGCUCGAAGUUCAGAUCCGCGGCCUGGACACCCAAGUUCACAAUGGCUCUCAAGAACCGCCCGGAGAUUGCAUACGAGUACAUCGAGGAUCCUAUGGAACGUCCCGAGCGGUGCGAUGCGUGUAAUCGCAGUAGUCACACUGCCACAUUUCGUGUGCAGUUUCAGGGCAAACCGUAUCACCCACACACUCUGGAGGAAGUCGGAAAUGCCGCUGAUGAUGACGAUGAUGACGAAGAUAAUGAAGACGACUCGGACUCUGCCCAAAACGACGACGACGAGACAGUAUACGACUACCAAGGAAGCGAAGUCGCCCCGGCAAACGAACUCUACUACAUCGGCCACUUCUGCAUGGCCAAUGCCGAAACCGCCCACAACCUCCAGCACUGGCGUUGUCACCUGAACGAACUCGCCAUCUUCUGGCUCGAGAAAGAAGGGUACCUAAGGCAGGAGGCGAUCGUGAAGCGAGAUAAGAAGUCCACGAAAAAGCGGAAGAAGGAGGCCAACAAGAUCACAGAUCGGAUGGAGAAGAAGGGGGAGAUUAGGCGGAUGUGGGAGAUGUAUCGGAAGGGAAUUGAUGAGGCGAGGAAUUCGAAGCAAGGGCGGUUCAGCGCUGGGACGGACUAG